GACGUCUUUGCGCUCCCGGAAGUGGAUCCAGUCGCUCGCGCUUCCCGCAGACGCCGCUUCCGGUGGGAGAAGGAGGCUCCGCUGUGCGUUCCGCCGGGAUGUCCCUGUGACCGGUGCCUCUGCUCCUCCUCCGGUGUCUUUCUCUUAUCUCCCGAGCUCCUCUCCGCCUCCCCCGGUGAGCUGUGGAGCCCGGAGGAUGUUGUGAGGCGGAGCCGGUGUGUGUGACCGCGGACCGUGGAUUCUUCCUCUUUGGUUUUAGAGCUCAGUGCGCGGAGACUGUUCCCCUCAUCCCCUCGGGCCGGAGACAUGGCCUCCUCGUCCGGUAACGACGAUGACCUGACCAUCCCCCGGGCCGCCAUCAAUAAGAUGAUCAAAGAGACUCUGCCCAGUGUGCGGGUGGCGAACGAUGCCCGGGAGCUGGUGGUGAACUGCUGCACCGAGUUCAUCCAUCUCAUCUCCUCCGAGGCCAACGAGAUCUGCAACAAGUCCGAGAAGAAGACCAUUUCCCCGGAGCACGUCAUCCAAGCACUUGAAAGUUUGGGCUUUGGAUCCUACAUCAGCGAGGUAAAAGAAGUCCUGCAAGAGUGCAAGACGGUAGCGUUAAAAAGAAGACAAGCAAAUUCUCGCCUAGAAAAUCUUGGCAUUCCAGAAGAAGAGCUUCUAAGGCAGCAGCAGGAGUUGUUUGCAAAAGCAAGACAGCAACAAGCAGAAUUAGCCCAGCAGGAAUGGCUACAAAUGCAGCAAGCGGCGCAGCAGGCGCAACUCGCAGCGGCCUCCGCCAGCGCAACAAACCAGGCAGGCUCCUCCCAGGACGAGGAAGACGACGACAUCUGAAUCUUUCCUGCUGGUUUUUGUAUCCACCCCUUUAACUAGUUUUCAUCUGCACAAAGGAAACAAGAUCUGCUUAACCUGUACAAAUAUUUUUUUUUUUUUUUAAGCGUCUUUGGUGGACUGGUCAAGUUGUGUCGUAGGGAUGUCUGUUAAGUCUCCACAAUUGUUUGCGCUAUGUUCAUGUAAAAACAAAAACAUCCUUUUUUGAACAGUCGACAACCUUAAGGUUCAGUAUCAUAUCACUAGAGAAUUUUUAAUGGUCUUUAUGAAAUUUUAUAUUAGCAAUGAGUCGUUGACUUGAUCUGGAAGCAGUGUUAAACCAAACUACAACUCUACACCGUGAGAUUUAUACAGAAGCUCCGAAGCCUAUUUGCAUUUCCCUUUUAACUAAAGCAUAAAAUGAAAAUCUUAGGAAUUUUUUUAAUUUUUGGGUGGGGGAGGGGACGUGUUGGAUCUGACAUGAAUACGGUGAAGAUGUGACGUUGUGUAUUAUUACUGGGGGGAGGGGGGCGGCACAUGGGGAAGAUAGAAGGUGCAUUGUGAAGACCUCAGGUGUGAGAUGUAUGGCUGCCGGCGACAUUUCUGUCUCUUGUUUUAUUGGGCUGCGCUGCCGGUCUUUCGUUUUUACGUGAGGACUGUAUACUGUAGCGCUGUACAUUCAGGAACACAAGCGUGGUGCACCUUUUUUUGUAUUUGGGUCGGUGCGGAUCAUCUUUUUUAGGAUUUGUGUAUUUUUUUUUUUUUUUUUUUCCCCUUUUCAUCCACUUUUUUUUUUGUUUUUCUUUUUUUUGUUGUUUUUAAACUCUCUUGCCCAUCAGUUUCAGUUUGAGUGAAAUCCAAAGUAUCAGAGAUUGACGGUCGGUCAGCACCUUGGCCUACACAGUCAUUUGUGAGUAUGAAAUAGCUUCAGGUUGCAAAGUUUUUUUAUUUAUUUUUUUUUAGCUUCUUGUCACCCUGUAGAUAUAUGGCGCUUUUUUGCCAGAUAAUUUUUUUGCCUGACUUCACAGAAAAGAAAUGCGGAUCGGUCCCAAUGUAAAGCUUCGUCAUAGACACUUGUGCAACGUUUGCGCUCUUGAUGCGCUCUUUAGUUUUUUUUUUUUUAUUUUUUUUCCCGUUUUAAUGGUCUAGUCACCCGUACAGUAUUCUGCGCAGGAUUUUCUGCUGCAGAUUUCAAUGUAAACUGAAUGACUGAACACAGCUUGAAAUCUGCGCAGAAUACUGUACGUGUGAAUGGACCCUAAAGCUUCUACUACUUAAGAAUUGGGCAUAGUGGUCCUUAAGGGGAACCUGUCACUACAUAAUGCAGUGUUAAGUCUUGAGGCUCAACGUGUUUCACUGCAUGUUACCUCUUUCUCAGGGGUAAUCCCAAAUAAUACAAUGCUCUGAUUUACAUUGUAAGCUGUGAGCCUGUUUAGAUCAGUGUUUUCCCAAAGUGUGACUCCAGUUGCUGCAAAACUACAACUCUCAGCAUGCAUGGACAGCCAAAGGCUGUCGGGGCAUUCUGUGAGUUGUAGUUUUGCAGCAGCUGGAGGCACCCUGUUUGAAAAACACUGACAUAAUGCAUCGUAACAUUCCCUGCCAUAAUCGUAUGCCCGCAGUCCUUUCUAUAAUGGAUAUGCGCUGUAUUCCUAUUGGCGGACACCAUGGAGAAGUAGUCAUUGUGUCCUGGGCUGUUGAGAUGCGAUGAACAGGACUGGGAGGACCUGACUUCCUAUCUAUGCUGUCAGAACUCAUUGUGCUGGCUGUAGCGCAGGCGCAGUGGAAGAAUGAGGCCGCUGCACAUACUGCCGCAACCUAUGCGCCUGCGCCACAGCACAGCGUGAUACUUCCGAUGAUGCUUAAGAUUUCGGAAGCAAAGGGAUGACGUCGUGCCUCGCCAGUGUUGUCAAUCGCAUCUGGACUUGCCUGGUUGUGGGCACUUUACAUGCUGCCAAUUAUAAGAGUCCUUACGUAUGGGACGGCAGGCAUAAGUUGUAGGAAACGUUUUAUGAUGCAUUACAAAGGCCGAAUCUUAGUGACAGGUUCCCUUUUAGGUUAGAAAAACUAUUGGCGGGGAAAAAGGUCAGAUAGUUAUCACCCAUACCAGUGUUUCCCAACCAGUGUGCCUCCACUGUUGCAAAACUACAACUCCCAGCAUGCCCGGACAGCCAAAGGCUGUCCGGGCAUGCUGGGAGUUGAAGUUUUGCAACAGCUGGAGGCACCCUGGUUGGUAAAACACUGACCUAUACUGUGGCAUAGUUGAUAAAUCUGAUCUCUAGUUAAUCCUUUAGGGGCAGAUAUAGGGCUAUGAGGCUCGGCAGGACUCUCUGUCUAUUUGGGAUCAUGUGUUAGUGUAUUGUAGCAAUGUGGCGACAUUAAGCUACUAUGGGACCGUAUUGUAAAUCAGUCCUUUUAAAGGGGUGGUCUAGUGGAAAACAACUUAUCCCCUGUCCACAGGAUGUGUCCUAUCGCUGGGACACCCAAGACCUCCGGAAGGGGGCCCUGUCUCUCUGAAAGGAGGAUGUGCUACAGGCCGAGGAGCCCCGAGUGCCGUUCUGAGGCGCUGCAAUAUAAAUGAAUGGGGCGCGUGUCGCACUCAAUUCAUUUCUAUUACAGCGCCGCAGAUGCCAAAGAACAGCUCCCCGGCGCUGCCAUAGAAACGAAUUGAGAGCGUGUUGUCCGUAGCCGGGGGUCCAGUUCAGGAGACCAACGGGGGUUCAGUUCAGGUGACCGCUGGGGGUCCCAGCGAACUGAACCAACCCCCCUCCAUGAUCAGACGCCUAUCCUUUAUAUCCUGUGGAUAAGGGGGGGAUACGUUGUUCUUCGCUGGACCACCCCUUUAAAGCCAUACUGGAUUUUUCCAACAGAUUAAUAUGGAAUCUAUAGGGAAAAAAAUAUAUUUCCUGCUAAAGAAUGCAGCCGAUAGGCCGUGUGCAUAAGGCCCGAACCAUACUUUAUGCGGAGAAAAAGACGAAUAUUUAAUAUAACGCGAUCAUGUGACAGGUUGGCUGACGUGACUUUUUAUACGUUAAUAAAAUAAUGUGACUUAUUUCCCAUCUUUUCAAGUGCGAUGUGUUGUACCUGAGCAGCCCCGACACGGUCGCCAAGGUAUUAUCCUUCAGAUCCGGGGCUUGUGCGUCCGUGUCCGUCCCGUCGCCUCCGUUCGGAAAACUAUAAUGUGCGCUACGCCGAGGACAAGUGCGUACUAUGUGCCACAAUUGAAGCGCCAGAUGCUUGAAUUUAUUUUUAUUUUUUUUCUGAUUUUCCUUUUCUUAUUUUCACAUUUAUCAUUGUAGACAUAAUGCAAUCUUUUCAGUCUCUCUCUGCCAUAAUAUAUAUAGUCGAGAAUAGCAGCUCACGAGAAUCGGGAAGACGGGAUUGAGGUCCCAGGGGAAUGUUUUCUGAUUGUGUGAGCGGAUAGCGAAGCCUUUUAUGUAAAUAUUGCACGUGUUACCUGUUUUUAGUUGAAGUUUUAUAUCAGAAUUUUUCCUCCCUGUAAAUUUUUUUCCCCUCCCCCUCAGUAGUCACAAUGUUAAUAUGGAGGUAAAACCUUCUCGAUUGUUUCACUGUAGUCCCAGGAUUAAGUGUCAUAAUAAUUAUAAAUAUAAAUAUAUAUAUAUUGGUGCUGCUUAACAUUUCACGUCUUACCAGCCGGGUCAUGUAAUCCUAAAACCAAGGUGUCAACUUUUCGUUGUCUCGCUCCAUAAUUUUUCUGUGUAUUGGAGUAAUGCUAUAAAGUGGUUGAAUUCCGGUUAGGAAGUGUUUAUAACCAGGUAGAACUCCCCUAUAUUUUAUUUUGAGGAUGAGAGAAAUUAUAAAUAUAUAUAAAAUAUAUAGAAUUCAGCAGUACUUGCAGAG